GUUUCUCGUUCUCCAUUCUCCUUGAAUCAAACAUCAAACACAGCGCAGGCAGGCAAAUCUUGAACAGCUGCACGCAGAAUAAUAAUAAUUCGCGAUUGCGAGGCAGAAAUACGCGGCCUGAUUGCGCGGCAUUGCGGUUCAGUGAUCGAGCGAGGCGGGUGGUGGUUGGCGCCCCUGACAUGUGAGCGAGUGCGGACCGAGACACGGCCCAAUUCCACGCUCUCGCGCCGGACACAGCGAGGAUUUCGACUCGUCUUGAAUGGACCAUAAUAGACACUUAGCGGGGCACAAGACGUAGUUUCGUCGGCAUGGCCACCAACCUGGUCAAGUGGUGGAAGACCCGCUUCCUCAACGGAUACAAGCAGUUCACAGUGCUGAUGCCUGGUGACUCGGCGAGUGAAAGUGGCAGAGAAACAGAGGAACUCCUGUCCUGCCAUUCGGCGCCCCUGUCGCCACCACCGCUCAUCCCCGAGCAGGCGUCCAUGCCAUUGCCACAGACUCAGCAGGACACGUCAUGCUGCUGUGGCAAUCAACCAGAUCUCCCGAGGAGGGAACUUAAAUUUGAGGAGUUUGAGUGUGAUGUGGCUGUGGAAGGAAAUGACGAGGUACAUGAAAUAGGAGUUGCUCAAUCAGGUGAAAAGUGUAGGCAGUGCGGGCCACCCAGACAAGAAUUUUCCUUCACUCUCUAUGAUUUAGACGGCCACGGAAAGAUUACCAAAGAAGAUAUUGCUGGUCUUGUGACUACAAUUUACGAUACGCUUGGAGCAACAAUCCAGGUACCUAACUCGGGCAGUAAAACCAUCAGAGUUCGGCUCACAGUGGCGCCUGAAAACCGGUCUGAUUCGUCCACGCCGCAGCAAACAACCCCCCAAAAUUCUAAAACUUGCCAAAACAAAAAUCUGAACAACAUUUGUGACCAGCCGGCUGAAAAAUUGACCAAGGAAUCUCUUCACCGAAACCUAGGAUCUGUCAAGCUGUCUGGCAAUGCAGAGCAGCUGUACCUCAACCUAUCCCCCUGCAAAAAGGUGUCGGUUGAAACUGCGCUAUACGCAAAUGUAAAUCACCUCAACAACAACUCUACUAAAGAAGACAUUAAGAGAAACAAUAAUGAGACUGGACACUCGAUAGUUAAUAAUACUCCUCACAUUGCCAAGAAAAUUUCACGCCAUGAGAGUUUACGGAGAGACAGACUGCCCAAUCCCAAAGUUUCCGCCCUGGCCACUGGCGCCAGCGUUUCCACCCCUAAUUCCCCACUAAGAAACACCUCCACCCCAAAGGCCACUUACGGAAUGCACAGCCCACGAUGUGGCGGCCGAAAAUCAAACUCCCACAAUCCAUCACCAAAUCGACCUAGAAGAAGAGCGACUUUUACUGCACCUGCUCCACCACCAAACCCUCCGGAGAACAUCAACCAGGACAGAGCAUACUCUGGCACACUGCAGAGGCAAGAACUGCUGCACAUAAUCCAAACGAACAUGGAAAAAAAUCUUCUGGCCCUUCACCACAACUCCACUCAUCACAGUGACAAAUGUUCUAGGAAACGUGGAGAAGAUUUUUUGCAGCGGCAGCCGCAAAUGGGCAGUCCGAAGUCGUCACGCAGCCAGGGCAAGCGAACCCCCAAGACGGCGCCGCGCCUUCCUGCGCGCAAGACGACCAAGACCAGUGUGGAUUGCAACAACGUGCUUUCAUGUUCGCACUACUACCUCGACCUGGCAGGCAUGGAGGAGGCAAAUUUGUGUAGCUACUGCGACCGUGGGGACCUGCCAAACCAACACGUGCUGCGCCACAAAACCAGAGAACUGGACCACGCUCGCGCCAUGGCCCAGGUGGUCGAGUGGCUGCAGGGAGGCCGCACAGGUGGUGGCUUCAGCCUGCCCCCGAAAGAACCGUCCCUUGUAGAGAGCGAGGACGAGGACAGCUCGGACGCGCCCACUCGUCUCACCCACCGACACAUCCACGAACACGUCCACCACCACUACCAUCAUUACACGGAGAACGACAACAAGAAGCAAUAAAACAAUUUGCAGUUACGGCUCAAAAGGAAAUUUUUUGUCCUUCGCAAUUUGAAUUUUGAAUAUGUACGUCCAAAUGGAGAACUUUGAACCUCAUUGGAAGUUGAUUAGAAAUGUGGCCAAGUCUUGCCAUUGUAUUAUUAUUCUGGUGAUAUUGAUAUGGACGCUGUCUUGUUAAAAUUGAAUGAAAGUUGGCAAGUAGAAAUUAAUCUUGCGGUAGUUGAUAUAUAUUUAAAGGUCAAAAAUAUUAGGGACAUAAUUCGUUUUUGUAUGAACUUGUUAUUUAAAAGCCUGGGUAAUGAUAACCGCCGCUUGUAAGCCUAACGUAUGAGCUUGGAGUUGGAAUUCCAGAAUGUGUGUGGAAAGGAGUUGGUUAGUCUUCUUUUAUACAAAACUCAAUAAUAAACAAUCUACCUCACUGAUUAAACUUUACUUAGGAAUAGUUUGGCUUUAGGCCGGAGCUUCUUGUUGCUGCUGAUGUAAAGUUUAGCAAACAAAUAGUAUUUAAACAUAGAUCAAUGUUAUUUAUAUACAACCUGUAUACAGUUUAAAAUCAAAUGAUUUUGAUGUAAUUUUUAUAUAUACAACGCGACAACACUGAAAUAUUAUUUAUUGACUCUAUUAAAGAUAAUUACAUGACUUACAUUGUUUUCGAAUAUUGAAUUUUGUUACGAAUACAAUAAAUAUCUGUAAUAUUAUUAUCUAAA